AUGUUGUUAAAACGUACACUUUUCGCUGUUUUUAUAGCCUUUUCUCUACUCGCGUUAUGUCUCAACGCAACUCCCGUACCUCGUUGCUCCUCCAAAGCAUCUGUCAAUUUAAUGGACACACUUGGCGGCAACGUUACAUUCGAGCAGACUCGAGAAUUAAUUGUUACGCUUGGUGGAAGGUUUAGUGAAAACAUAGAAACAAAUAAUCCCGACGAUUACUUUAUACAAAUUGGGGAGGAAAUCACAAGUACAUUCUCCUUUAGGAAGAUGGAUGUAGAAAUUAAACCACCUGGUACCUCUCACUUUUCGUAUCCUUUAUAUGGAAGGUUAGGUUUAUACGCCGGCAGAGAUCUCAAGCGAUAG